AUGGCACCUGAUACACCCAAGAUGGCUUUCAAUAAGAGAGGCCCCAAUAACUUUGCGCACUGGAAUAUGUUCCCCUUUAUGACGACACCGAAGACGAAGUACAUUCUCGGGCAAAAACAAUCACCGCUUUUCCGGCUCCCACGAGAAAUACGGAAUACCAUCUACGACUAUUAUGCUCGGAGUCGACCACGAUAUGUGUACGACAAGGACACGGCAAAACUGCGUUACUCCGACACUUCAGCUCAGACGGAGGGUCUUGGUCUCAUGAUGACCUGCAAGAUUGCUGCAGACGAGAUGCAGCACAUUGCUUUCCAGAACGUCGAGUUCAGCACGCUUUGCUCUGCGGACGAUGGCGCAGAAUUCCAGCAACUCCGGUCAAGAGCCGCUCGAUUUUGCCAGAUAUUUGAUAUGGUUCAAGUUCAAAGACAAUACAUGCUGAUCUGUGUCGCGGAACUGCUCGAGGCGUCAGAUCUUACUGAAAUAAGAGCUCGUUAUCCAGUCAUCGAAGACUGUCUCGAAGGACCUCUGAAGCAAGCAGUUACGCGAAAUAUCAAUAUACUAUCGCAGUAUAUGGAUAUGAGUUUGGACAAUCAUGAGUGUCAAGAGUUUGUAGAAGCUCUUGUGCUCGCGCUCGACAUGGCGAAGAGUCGAGAUUCAACCAAGUUUGCGCGGCUCACACGAGGAAUCUUUGGAAACAUUAUCUGCCCGGUGGGCAACCUUCGAGGUAUGGGCCAGUACAACAUCUUCGUGGAAGGGGCGUUACACGAUGUACUGUAUUGGAGGCCAACCCCUUGGUCCAUUCCCACGGACAGCGAGCUUGCCAGGAUGGAAGGGCUCGUUUGCCGGCCAGAAGAAGACAAGACCUUGAUUUACAACUGGUGCCAUGUGGAGGAUCCUCGCCAACUUUGCAACAUGUAUCAAUUCCCCCCCAAAAGGCUGCGCAAUCUUCGUAAACUCGUCCUCCACGAAGACUUCAAGUCGAUGCCGCGUUCCGUAUGCCAUGUACGAGGUCUCAUUCCUCUGUGCCAGGCGAAUUCAAAGCUUCGGAUCGAAAGACACAUCGAUCUACUGGCCAACCUCCUACCUUUGGGCCAUCCAGACAGCCUCUAUGCCGGAUAUGACUCCAUUGCUGGAUCUGAUGUUUUAGAUGCUACUAUUCCAUGGCUAAUGGAGGUCUACCUACUUCAUACCCAUGGGAUGCCAGCAGGCUCUUUUCGGCUCGUCAUCGAUGGUCACUCGCGCGAAUCUCUCGAGGCUUGGAACAUUCUCAAAUAUGCGGCAGCCAUGCAAGAAGCCAUGCUGGAGCAAUGCCGAGUCAAGAAUACGGAUCCAACGUCCAGAUUGUUCGACCGUCGCUUUCUAUGCCGUGUUGGCUUGCCAUGGCAUCUACCGGAUGGGUUUUCUGACACUAUUCGCGCGGUGAUUGACGGUACAAUCAACAUCACCUUCACUGGAGACGUGGGUGAGAUGUGGGAUCAGGACACUUUCUUCUUUAAGAGACGAGACUGGACAGUAAACGAAUGGGAAGAAGAGUGGAAAGAUGAGGUUUGGAUCAAAGAGAUUUCAACCGAUUAUUGGAAGCGGAUCAAUGCUCGGUAUCAAAUAGACCCUCAAGGUUUCGGCCAUAUCUAUCGGACAGUCUACAAGGGUGAGGUCAUUCGCAGCAGCGACCGACCGGUGUAA